AUGGAUCCCAACAUGUUUGGCAACAACUUUGCUGCCAACAUAUUUGGCCAGCAGCAACCACAGCCCAAUGCUGGUGGUGGACAGAUGGACGGCUCUAACCCUAACAUGGUCAAUCCUGCCAUGUUCGGGGGCUUCGACCUGAGCACGCUCCAGAACAACCCACAGCUGGCCGCAGCCCUAUUGCAACAACAGCAACAGCAGCCCUCACAGCCCAGCACACCACAGCAGUCACGCUUCAACCCUGCCAUGUUCAACCCUGCCAUGAUGGGUCUCGAUCCGAACAAUCCUGGUGCAGGCGGCAUCAACAUGCAGGCCGCUGCUGCCAGUGGCGUCAACAGUCCUAUGGGCACCUUCAAUCCACAGAUGCUCUUGCAACAACUUCAACAACAGCAACAGCAGCAACAACCGCCUGGUGGACAAGCGUCGCGGUGGCCUCCACAGCAACAGCCAAACCAACAACAACAACAGCAACAACAACAACAACAACAGCAGCAGCAGCAGCAGCAGCAACAACAACAACAACAACAACAACAACAACAACAGAUGCAGCAGAACUUACUCGCACAGCUACAGAACGGUGGAGGAGGCAUGUUCAACAAUUUUGGUCAGAUGGCUGGCAUGGGUCAACCGCAGCAGCCUCAACAACCUCAACAACCUCAACAGCCUCAACAGCAACCACCGCAGCAAAUGCAGUUCGGUGCAGGUCAAUUCAACCCUGCUGCUUUCGGUCUCAAUCCUCAGACGAUGGCUUUGUUCCAGCAGAAUCCGAUGCAAGCCUUGCAGGCUAUGCAAGCCCUUGGUCAGUUCAAUCCGGGAGCCAUCCCACCAGGCGCUUUCAACCAGCUCAUGAUGCAACAACAACAACAACAACAACAGCAGCAGAAUCAGGCCGGCGAAUCGUCACAACCGGGUCAGUCAGCUGCCAUGUUUCAGCAAGCACAGAAUGGAAACAUGCAAGGUAUGCUAGAUCCUUCGGCGCUCAUGGGCGGUACACCAAAGCAGCAGUCACAGCAACCGCAGCAACAGCAGAUGAACAUGUUCCCCGGUGGUGCUUCUCCGGUUCGACCCAACUCUGCCCUACAGCAACAACAGCAGCAGGCUCCCAACGGUCUUCCGUCGUACUUGCAGGCUGGUAACCAGAACCCAAUGCAACCUGGUCAGUCGUCGCCCGCUCCCUCGCAUCAGCAACCAGGAACACCGCAGCAGCAGCGCCGAGCCAAUAGCAACAAUGGCACUGUCCCUUCCACUCCCACGCCAGCCUCCAAGCCUAAGCCGCCACGGAAGAAGUCUGAGAAAAAGUCCUCGACCAAAGCAGCACAGGCACAAGCGCAAGCGUCGCAAUCCCAGACACCUGUGAUGCAGCAUGCAAACGCUCCAGGUACCUCCAGCAUGCAGCAGUCACCGAGCGCUUCGUCAAUAGCUGGCAUUCAAGGUGCUUCGCUACCCGGCAGUGCGUUUGAGCGCUCUCGAAGUCACACAAGAUCUCCUAGUGUCUCGCUUGGUGGACAAGGUACUCCUUCUCAGAUGCACACUUUGCCGCCAGGGAUGCAGGCUAUCUCACAGCCGCUGCAGCCGCAGCAGAUGGGCAUACCGGCUCAACAACCGCCGUCUCAGCAGAUCGUACCACCCAACUGGGCACCAAGUCUCAACCCGCAGCAGCAGCAGGCGGUUCUGUCGAGAGCAUUGGCACUUGCUAAGGCGCAGGAAGGUUCCGGUCUCACUCCAGUGCACACUUUGAUGCAGAUGGGUUACCUAUUCCUCAAGGCUUCCAGCUUGCCUGGUGGAUCUCAUCCAGCCAUGAUGCCCAACGGAGGUAUGGUUUUGACGAUCAAUGAAGCUCGUGGACUUGGUCUCAUCCCUCAGCAAAGUGGACAACCAGGCCAGCCGGGACAGCCGGGACAGCCGGGACAGCCGCAGCGACAACCCUCCAUGUCGUCCAUGCCAGUGCAGCCACCACAGCUACAGCAACAGCCGCCAACAUUGCAACAGCAGCAGCAGCUUCAGCAACAAGGCUUCGGAGCGCCUCCCAUGACGCCUCAGCAGCAGCAACAGAUACUCAUCAUGCAGCAGCAGCAACAACAGCACCUGCAGCAGCAACAGCAACAAAUGCAGCAACAGCAGCAACAACAGCAUCAACAACCCCAGCCACCCCUCGUCGCACCUUCACUUGGUCACCCGCACGGUCAGCGUCCUUCCACACCCGCUGGUCAGCAUGCCUCACCUUCCAGCAUGCGAGCUCCUUCGCCUAUGGGACCCGCAGGAGCCACAUCUAGCCCGGGCAUGGCCAACAAGUCCCGUCCUCGUCAAUCCAGUCUUGCUCUAAGUGGAUCGGGCAGGCCCGACUCGCGGUCAGGACCAAUUCCACCCAACUUCCAACAGGGAGGGCCACAAGGCUUGAUGGCACCACCACCUGCUCCUGGUCAAUUGCCACCAGGCAUCGCUCCAGGAAUGGCCAUGCCACUGCAGGGAAUGAUGCCAGGUGGUCCGGCUGGUCAAAUGCCACCAGGAUUCGGGGGGACCGGCGCACCUCAGAUGGGUCCCGAUGGAACUCCCCAGAUGCUCAAGCAGCAAGGUCGUCGUCCCUCGAUGGUGCAGGAUUCUUCGAUGAUGGGCACGCCGGACAACAGGAGACCUUCCCUUGCUGGUGGUAUCCCAGGUACAGCCCCGCCCGGUAUGGACGGCGUCGCUGCUACUACACCCGACCCGACGAUGAUGGCUGCAGCCAACGCAGCGGCAGGACAGCCAUCGGCUCAGCAGCAACUGAUUGGAAGCUUUGGCGGUGCAGCUACACCCACACCCAAAGGUCGAAAGGGCUCAUCGGCUGCACUGCCGACUCAUUCAGGUGCUCCUGGUGUUCCAGUCGUUCCCACACCGCCCGGCGCUGCCAUCCCUGGAGGCGAGCCACAGUCGCUCCCUGAUGCAGCUGCAGCCGCUGCGUCUGCGACAGGCAAGCCAACGACUUUGGCAGGUGGUGCUCCAGCUUUCGCACAGACUGUGCCCUCGAACUUGGCCAACAUGCCCAUGCUCCUCGGUGGUCCUGCACCAAAGGAGUCCGCAGUCGGUACGCCCAUCACUCACUUCAACACUUGCGUGACUAAGCUCGACGAUGCUAUGCGACCUCAGCGUGCCGCUACUGAUGGCAAGGGCGAUGCCGGCAGCAAGAACGGCGAUGACAAGGAGGACGAUGAGAUCUGGAAGCCACUCAGUGCAGAGCAAGAAGCAGAGUUGGUCGGGAUCAUGAAGCGAGACCUUGAGUACGAGAAGCUUUUCCGACAGCAACAGCAGCAGAUGGAGAAAUCGGUGAAAGAACGCAUCGAUGCUGUUCGACCUCCACGACGCAAAGCAACGGACGGCACCAUCACCAAGCCCAAGCCUCUAGCCUGGUGGGAGCGUCCCGAGGAGGAAGACACUUCGGGUUUGGCUCGCGACAUGUUCAAGCCCUUCGGCGUGCUUUUCCCCAAUCAAAAGCGUGCCGACCUCGACCAAGGUCAGCGUGGUGCCCGUCCUCACAUCCCUCUCAAGCGAUCCAUCAUGGAGUCUGUUUCGCAGCAGGGCGAAGAUCUGGUGCCCAUCCGACUGGAGAUCGAUCACGAGCACUGGAAGUUGCGCGACACGUUUACGUGGAAUGCUCAGGACUCGCACAUCAAUGUCGAGGCCUUUUCUCAGUCGAUCUGCGAGGAUAUUGGAUUGCCUGCGACAGUGUUUGUUCCUCAAAUCAAGGAGCAGAUCACCACGCAGAUCAUGGAUCAUCAGACGACGAGCGCGUUCAAGGCGAAGCCUACUUUCGACUUUAACGCCGACACGAGAGAGGGCAAGGGAUCUCUCGAGGACAAGGACCUGCGCUGGUGGUCCAAGUGGCGACGUCAGGUCGAGCGUUUGCCUUUCGGCAACAAGCCCAGCAACACUGCGAAUGCUGCUGCUGCCAAAGGAGAGGAUGGACAAGAUGUCGCCAUGCACGUGGACGACAACAGCAGCGAGGAGGAAGAGGCACGAUCGGAACCGCCAGAGAUCGUCGACACAACUCCAGCUGAGGAGUUGCGCAUGAUGAUCAAGCUCGACAUCACCGUUGGCAGCAUGAACCUGGUCGACCAGUUCGAAUGGGACGCCAAUGAUUCGGAUCCUGCCGCUGCUGAGAAGUUUGCCGAGACGUUUGCUGCCGACUUGGGUCUUUCUGGCGAGUUCAAGACGGCCAUUGCUCACUCGAUUCGCGAGCAGGUUUCAGUGCAUGUCAAGUCGCUUGCCAUGACCGGGCACACAUUCGACGGACGACCGAUCGCCGACGAAGAACUGCGUGCUGCGUUCCUUGGACCGGUCAGCAAAGCCAACCUGUCGCGAAGCGAGCUCGAGUCGUACAGCUUUACGCCUCGUUUGAUGCAGCUUACCGAAUCCGAGAUCGAGCGUCUGGACCGCGAACGCGAGCGCGAAGCGCGAAGAAAGCGUCGUCAGACACGUGGACGUCGUGGUGUCAACUUGCCUGAUCGCGAUCCGCAAAAGACGCAACGGACACCCGCCGUGUUCGGCAUUCAGACUGCUCAAACCGACUCGGCUUCGGCUCUGCAGAACGCGAAUGGCCUCAGCGACCGAUACGGAGGCAUGUCAACACGACGAGCUGCUGCAGCUGCUGCCAAUGCAUCGAUCGCACCUUCGCAAGCCCACGAUCACGGAACGCCUACACCAGGUCCCGAGGGUCUUGGCCUGCCAGAUCGGAAGAAGCCCAAGGUCAACCAUCACGCCAUCCACUUUGACUUCCCCGGUGGUUUGGGACGCAAGUCAGAUCCAGGAGGACCCAAGUUCGCACCCGAAUACACCGAGGAAGAGGCCAAGAAGCGUGCUCGAUCGCCCGAAAACCAGGCGACUGGCUCUCAAGCAGAGAAAGCAGCACCCAAGCUCGUCUCUCUGUCGUAUGCUCAACGUAACAACGUCCGACCCGAGGAUCUGGAGAGACAACACCCGAACUUCCACGAUGGAAUGUGGUAUUGCUCGAACUGCGGUAUUCCCGGCACGCUUGCACCAGGACGACGAAAAGGUCCUUUGGGAGACAAAUCGUUGUGCGGUCCUUGCGGAAAGUACUACCACCGACAUCGCAAGGUGAUUUUCCUCGAGUAUACGCGCGAUCCGGUGUUCCAUAUGAAGCAGCAGCAAGCGUUGAACCGCAAGAUGGGUAUCUCGAAUCCUUUGAUCGAUACUGCGUUGUUGAAUGCGUUAGGUGAACAGGAGGAUUCGACAGAGCCGACGAGCGCUGCGGAUACGCCUAAGGCGGAUGAUGCUACGGCAGGUGGAGAGGGGAAUGGUGUGAGGAGGAAAGGAAGGCCACCAGCGUCGUCUAGCGCUCUCAGUAGGGGUGGAGAUGGAGAUGGAGGCGAUCGAUCGGAUGAAGAGGAUCUGCCGUUUGAGAUGGUGGGUAGUCCAGAUGAUAGUGAUUCGAGUUCGAGAUCGAGCAGUGCCGAGCCGGUGCAGAGGUCGAGGAAGUCAGCGUCGGCUUCGCAGGGGAAUGAUGAUGAGAGUGGAGCGGCGCCAAUUGCGAGGAGGGCUGCGGCGGAGAAUGCGAGGGAGAAAGUGUCUGCUUCCACCACUACUGCUGAUGGUGAUGCUUCCGCCACUGCAGAGGCUGCACCAGCAGCAGCGAACGAGCGAGGUGAGGUCAAGCAAGAAGCUACGACUACCUCUGAAGCUGCUGCUGUUGGCGAAAGCGGUGGUGCACCAGCAAGCACCGCUGAUGCCUCUGCUACCAGCACAGAAUCCAGCAUGACCGCCACUUCAGCUCCUGGUGUUGCUGGCUCUCACUCGUCCAUCCGCACCUCAACCUCGACCACCGCUCCGGCUGUCACCUCCAACGUCUCCCCCCGUCUAGCCUCCAUGGCCAGCAACGCCACCCCUCCCGACUGGCUCUCAGAAUCAGGCGCAGCACUGAAAGCUCGCUACCCUAACGAUCGAUUCGAAAUCCAAGCUCGACCUCGACCGGCUGGUGUCCCUGCACCUCCCCAACCGGAAUGGAGAGUAAGAUGUCUCGACUGUCCCGGCAAACUCUACACGCCUGGACCAGGUGAAAGCCUCAACAAUUUUGAAAUUCAUCUACGAAACAGACUGCAUAGGGCAAACGUCAACAAGAGGGUGUAUGGCAAUAGCGGGCCUCCUUCCACAGCGGGUGGAGAGGGGGGAAACGAUGCGCAGAAGAGUCCGAGUGUUGGGAAUGCAGCCCCUCCAUGA